GUUCAGAAAAACAGGAAGAAUGCAUACCGUGUCAAUAAAACUACUAAUGUGAACAGCGAAGUAGCAAACUUUCUUCCUGCCUCCGAUCAUCUGACUGAGAAUGGCAUCGUCCUCGGAAGUACCCAUCUUCAUCGAUACGAGCUUAGGCACUCACAUAGCCAUGGCUGUCUCUCCGAACAUCACUGCCGGAGAUCUCAAGAGAGAACUUGAGGGAGCACACUUCAACUGUAUCCCGGAAAUGGGAGAAAUCAAGGUCUAUGGAUUAAUGUAGGUGAAGCAGAAAUCAUGCUUUUACCACCUGCCCGAAACAAUGGCUAUAAGAUAUGCAUUUCACAGUGUGAAAAGAACAUGGUUUCUCCAUGUGGAAGCAGGCACUUCAGUUGGUUUUGAUAGGCCGAGUUCGUCUAAAUGUAUGGAUGCAGGAAAAACCGGGGAUAUUGCUUCUAAUAGAACUACUACUUCUGAUUCUAUUGAAUCUGAAAACUACAUUACAGGCAUUGAUAAGGAUCACACAAAAAGAGAAGGUAAGAGGAGAAGGUUAAAAGGAUUUCACUACCCCCGAGUUAUGGUGGGAGUGCCUCUAAUAACUUAUCUUUCAAACAUAAAUAAUAAGAAAAAGAAGAGGAAAAAGAAGAGAGUAAUGAAAAAACGCAUUAUAAAGGGCAGAACGAACAGAAUUGAGAAUGGGUGCCUUGGUAGAAGCGAAGAAAAUUCAAGUUUUAAUGCCCACAACAGGUUUAGUUUCUUUGAACAAAAAGAAAAAUGCAAUGCCUGCCACUUGCUGGAGACCCCCAGUGGCUGCUCGGGUUUUAAUGGCUGCCUUGGUAGAAAUGAAGAAAAUUCAUGUUUUAGUGCCCACAAAGUGGUUAGUUUCUCUGAACAAAAAGAAGAACACAAUGCCUGCCGCUUGCUGGAGACCCCCAGUGGCUGCUCGUCAGAAGUUAUAUCAGUUUCAGGCAUCAUUGCGAGAUACUUUUCAAAUUUCAAUGAAUCUGGCCGAUUUGGAAGCCCUUCAAGUUCUGAUCUUACUUCUAGAGCAAUUGAGAAUCAGCUAGAAAAACAAUUGAAGGCUAAAACAGAUGAUGUUUGCUCAAGCACACGUGCUGCUGCGCUGCCACUGGCUACAACCAAAAUGACCCCAAGGAAAUCCCUUCCAUUUCCAACCAAACGAAGUCGAAGGAUCUUAAAAGAUGAGAUUAGGGGUACCGAAGUUGGGAAACGCCUUGUCAUGGCCUCGAGUAGCCUUGGGGUUUCUUCAAGCAAGCAAAGACCUGCAAUAUCGCUCUGCAGAUACAAAGAAGGAAAACUGUUAGGAUCCAGUUAUCCUAUUAGAAGUUUGGUCUUUGAACUUAGUGACACAGAAAACUGAAAGAUCCCGAGGAGCUGGAAUGAGUAUGCAUUAAAAUGUAUUACCACUCUGCUGCCUGCUUAAAUUUUGGAUGUAAGUUUAUUUGCGUGUGUUGCCAAUCCCAAUCGAACUUAUUAUUUGUAAGUUUGAAUUAAAUUUAAACCAAGGUGUUCAUAUCGUGUCUUACAAUUAAUCCAUUUUGACUUAUCAUAUGGUUCCUUCA